UCAGCUCUGCCACCAUCGGGGAAAUGAGUCACAGCACGUCUGGGCGGAUUCCAUACCUGGCGCCAGAAGUACUGGCCAAUUUUGGCAAGAAGACCAUAUGGUAUAACUCUAAGGCUGACAUAUGGUCCUUGGGAAUAUCAGCACUUCAAAUGGCGGAAGGCUAUUACCCAUUCAGCAGAUUUCCCCAGCAAAAACUCAUGAAACGCAUCAUGCACGGACCUGCGCCAGUAUUAUUGUGGGACAAAUGGAGCGACAACUUCCAUUCAUUCGUCAGCCAUUGCCUCCAGAAGGAUCCAGCUUGGAGGCCGUCUGCUGGAAAGCUCUUAUCACACCCCUUCAUUUGUAAGAUCUUUAAUGAAAGGGGUGUGAAGAGCAAUAUCAAAUGGCACCUGCAGUGAGAAGACUGAAGCACUGAAGUUCCAGAACAUCAUAGCAGCCAUCGGGGGAGGGACGGGGGCACAACUGCAGGGCCCUUAUGUCAUCUUUGGGCCCCGCAGACUUGGGGCAUGUUUAACAUUGGCGAUAAAUAUCGGGAGAGAUUUCGGGAGAUGUUGCCCAUGACAACCAAUGUUAAACAUGCCCCUUGGUCCCGAUGGCGGCUAAUUGACAACAGCGGCUGAUUGACAUCAAUAUGAUCUUGUACAUUAUAAAAAACAAUAAACAUCUUAAAAUAUCAUUGACCUGUAUUGUAUGUUUUUA